UGUUCUUUCUUGACGUGGGAUUUCAUCGCGGAUGGUCAUCGUUUCAUCAACAAGGCUGCAUUUCAGCUCUGAAUAUUGAGAACUGAGUUUCACGACUUACUACUUCAAUGAGAACAGAACUUGAUUUCACAACGACUUUCCUAGCACAACAUCAUGGGAGGAAGUAACACUAAAGAGAUACGCGAGAGGCGACUCUCUCCAAUCCAUAAGAGGAUAUUGGAACUAAGGGCAGAUUUUGGUACAAAUCGCCAAGACAGUGAUUGGUCCGACACGAACAGUGAUGACCUUUCGGGCCUAGAUUUCAACUUAGCAACCAUGUUUGAUGCCUGCAAGUACGGCCACAGUCACGUUCUCUCUCGGCUGAUUGAGCAGGGAUGUGACGUCACAGCUUCUACCCCGACACUUCAGACACCACUGCACCUAGCGGCUGGAAGUGGUCACCUUGAAUGCUGUCAGAUUCUCCUAUCUACUGGAAGAGUGGACUUAGAUGCAUGUAAUUGUAAGAGAUUGACUGUGUUGCACUUAGCGUGUUUCUACGGUUUUUCUGACGUCACAGAAUUGCUGUUGCGAUCCGGUCACAAAUGCGACCCGAGAGACAAACGGGGCCGCACACCACUCCACCUGGCGACUGCGAAAGGGUUUAGCGAAUGUGUCAGUCUUUUACUUCGUCACGGUGCGGACCCAACGCUCAUGGAUGACAAGGCAAGGAAUUCACUUCACCGCGCAUGUCAGAGCGGACUACCCGAGAUGGUGAACGACCUUCUAGAGCAUGGCGCCGGACAGGACUUGGAACUGAGGGACAAAGAGGGCAAAACGGCCCUCUCAACAGCUUGUGAGUUCAGUCAUUUUGAAGUUGUGAAGUUACUCCAUGAUCGCGGCGCUGACUUAUUUACGCGGGACAAAGAAGGACUAUCGAUGCUUCACCACGGAUGCGAUCAUGAGGCUCUCACCAGAUUCCUUGUCGCCCAUGGAUGUGACCUUGACCCAAUGGAUGAUUCCUGCAUGGCCCCUCUUCACUACGCCGCGGGAGAAGGCUACACGAACUCGGUAAAGAUUUUAAUAAACAGUGGCGCACAUGUGAACAUAAGGAACGCGCAGCGCUGGACCCCCUUGCAUUACGCAAGUGAAGUCGGCCAUUAUGAGAUAGCGCAAGCUUUACUCAACCACAAUGCGUCCCCCAAUAUUAAGGACGAAAGUGGUCGUACUCCCUUGCACUAUGCCAUAAUCCGCGGCCAUGACAGCACGUGCCAGCUUUUGAUCAACCACGGAGCUGAUGUCAACGCCAGGGACCUAAGCGGCGGCUCAUUGCUCUACUAUGCCUUCAGUCACGGACAAUAUCACAUUACGCCGAUACUGAACAAACACGGCGCCAAAAUGUAGAAUGUACAAUUGUUACUAUUACCUGACUGAUGCCUAGUCCUUCCUCAGAGGGACAUUGAAUUUAGGCAGCAGCAUUGCGAGAGGUAGAUUUACCCUGUGGGUCCAUAGCGAGGGCUCCAUCGCAUUACCACGGGCCAGAAAUAACCUUAAUGUUGCCGAGAAAAAGAGGGAAUUGUCUUUUGCUGAUCAAUAAACCGAUUUAUUUUAAAGCUGGCAUGCACAAAAAUGUCCCAGCGGCCAAGUUAGAAAACGCAAAUGCCCCACCAUCAAACGACAAACCGGUCUCACCCGUUUGCAUCUUGAUCCGCAAUGUUUUGAGAUCACUGAUAUAAAUGACACGAUUUCGAUAGUUUUUAGAGUCAGGAAGACCUGUUUACAGUAUACAAGGAACAAGUUUAUUGACGAGAUGUGUCACAGAUACACUCCUGUGAAAAGGACGAGCGAUAAAUAUCCCAACGUGCUUGAACUUGGGAUCAUCGACAUUAUCCUUCCCCUUUUCUCCACUAGCUUUGCCAAGGAGCUUUGUGGUUAAACAAGACUACAUGCUUGUGGUCUACCAGUUGCGUGGGGUGGUCACCUUGUUUCAACAUAUUUCAAGUUUGUCGUUUUAUGGUCGAGCGUUUGUGUUUGUAACUUGGCAGCUAACUAGGGAUUUUUUGCAUGCAUAUGUCGUCAAAAUUGUCACGCGAUAUAGUAGUUAAUCCAGGCUGUUUGAUUACGGAAGGUCACAAACCAAGACCUCACAACAGCAGGUCAUUUUGUUCCAUGGA